ACACACAGACACACACGCUCACGGACAACACAGCUCCCGGUUCCUUCGUUCCUUCUGCUAGCAUGGUCCUCCUCUUGCAUGUGAUACCAGCCACAUCAGCUCUGAUGUACAUACUUGUCAUGUCCCAUGUUGCAAGACUAAGCACAGCCAAGCUGUGUGGAACCGCUGCUGUCAUACAGAGCAGGAAAUUAGCCAACUUCUUGCAGAAUCAAUCCGAGGAUCUCCUGAAAACCUACCUGUCCAAGCAAGGAGAGGGGUUCCCCCAAACGACCUCUUUAUGCAAGGAACCGGUGGAGGGCUUCCCAGAAGGUCAGGUCACAGACAUGAAGCCUAACGAAAUGCUCCGUAGCAUCUACGUCACCCUCAGACACCUGGAUGGGCAUUUUCAAACCCUGCGCCGGCAGCAGCUCGAUCUGGUGUCUCCCCCGUCUGACCCUCUGCACAAAAAGCUGACAGACACCCACAACCGCAUCCAGGACCUCGCUGGCAACAUAAAAUGCCUGCUGGAAGAAGUUCCUCCAGAGAUCUCCAUCACCAGCUCUUCAUCCGGAAGGGGCGUCUUUAAGCAGAAGAUGGUCGGCUGCACGGUCUUAAGAAAAUAUUCUGAAUUCCUCAAGCAGGUGGUGAGCGGAUUAAACCAUGUUAUCUCCAGAAGAUCGGCAACAAGAGGAAAGGGGAUUCAGAGGAUACAGAAGAAAGUGUUGAGGUUAGGUUGAAGGCUCUAGUGUCUCCUCACCAUUAUGAGGUUCCCUGUUAACCCUCAUCGUUGGACAAAGCAAACUGGACAGAAAUGACUGCCUUAUCAGCACUGUUAGCAACAUAAGUUUAUUUAUGUAACGUAAUUUAUGUAUUUAUUUUGAAAUAUUUAUAUAGUGUAUGAUUCUGGCCAAGUAUAGGAGAGUGUAAACUAGUGAGUCAAAUGCACUGAUUUGAUGGCAAGCUGAAAGAUAGUUGUUUCUCAACGUCAAGCGAUAAGCGUAGCAAGAAUCCAUUUAAAAUAACAAGAUGGCGCCGAAUGCCAGUUCAGCUUGCCACACUUAGCAGUUACAGCAAUGUUCCGGAUGUGUUUUGAAUUGCAGAUGGUCCAUGAAUGUGCUGAUGUAAAUCACUGUACUGAAUGUAAGGAUGGGGGACUUCAGUUUUAGGUCACCCAUUUCUAAAAUAUCAGCCAUAUUGGCUAGGCCAUGUUAAAAACGGAAAUGCAGAGAUUUGUUUUAUUACAAUGCAUUGACUGUAGAGUCACUUGGUUACAUUUUGUUGCUGCUGUGGGUAGUGAAACCUUGCGAGAGCAGGCACCACAAUUAGACAACAUUCUACUGCAGCGUGCUGCAUCUGAGGCUGGGAGACGCAGGUCUUUACUGCACUAACCACUCUUCUGGUGGUCGUGAGGAGGUUCAUCCUUGGGGUAGCAUUAAAUAAUGUCAGAACACAGCAUCUCCACCAUAGUGACACCCUGUGAGGAGGCCAGGUGACUUCAUAGACACACUGUAUUAACAUGCAAACCCAUCGACUUAUGGAAAGUAAGAUUUUUAUUGAGAGAGACUUCGUUCUGCGGCUUACGUACUGUAUUACACAUGCCUUUUCUUUUGAGCACCCUGCUCCAGGUACUAAUAGCUAUACUUUACAGUUUGAACCCAGGCCACAGUGUGUAUUAGCCAGUAGGGCUCUAUGACCACUGCAAGUUUAAUUUCCAUUGCUGUUACUGCACCGGUACA